AUGCUUAUUUUGCAUGGUCACGAACUUGUGUUCCAUGACUUCGAUAAUAAGUUACAAAAAGCUAAUGAAAAUAAACAUGCUCAUAAGCAAACCUAUUCAUACGUGCUCAAAGCACACGCCUUAUCAACCGCACCUCAGGAAGCAUGCUCGAAAAUCAAACGAGUGUCGAUAUAUGAGCAUGUCUGUCAGUACCUUAACAACAUAAUUUGCACCUAUAUUGAUAAGAAUAUCAGCCAACAGCCCCUCACAGAAGACAGAAGUUUCUCGUUCGAGUACAUUCACUCGCCGAAACAUAAAAAACCGCUCUUGAUGUUGAGGAGCUACACAUUCGCGCAGACCACCUGCGAUCGACGCUAUUGGAAUUGCAGCAAGAAAUUCUCCACCAAAUGUCCGGCCAAACUCCGAUUCGACUACGGUGGAAAGUGUGGUCUGCACGAAGUGAAGUAUGCAAGGCUCCUACAUGGUUCUUCUGACAUGGCAGUAACAAAUCCACCGUACGUUGGAGGUGUAGUGGCUACAACACUCAUAAAUGUCGCGCCAGCUUAUACACAUUAUCCGAUGCUAUCCAAAGAUACUUGGAAAUUAAACUAUCAUAGAAUGAGCUAA